CAUUCAUCAGUCAAGAUGGAGACCCUGACUAUAUUACUUCUCUGUGCCCAUCUGACUUUGAACCUUCCCUCAGUAAUAGGAGCUGAUACAACUGUUGAUCCAGAUCUUCUUAUCACCAAAUCUCUAGAAACAACUUCAGAUACUCUAGAAACAACUCCAGCAUCGAUCUCUAGUAUGAUGAGUACAAUGCCAUGCAACUAUAGACUGACUCAGCCAUCGGGAUAUAUAAACGGCUAUUGGUAUUUAUGCACCUGGAUAAUUGAAGUCCCAGAUGGUCAAGUUGAACUCUACUUCAAUUCUGUAUAUAUGCAAACUAAAGGUGGAAAUUGCACUUCUGAAUAUGUGAAAAUAUAUGAUGGAUAUCCUUGGAUGGAUGUUGUACUUGGGAAGGUUUGCGAGUAUACAAGUCAAGUGUAUCGCUCAUCAUCCAAUGUCAUGACCCUGGAAUUUGUUAAUCACGACUUCAGUGGACGGUUUGAAGCUCAGUAUUACUCAUCCAACCUACAUACUAUAGCACCUUCUACCACUGUUCCAUGUUACUAUACACUGACUCAACCAUUUGGAUAUAUAUACAGUAAUUCAUUCAGUAGUUCAUGUAUCUGGAUAAUUAAGGUCCCAACCGGUCAAGUUGAACUCGACCUCACUUAUGUAAAUAUGCGUGCUAAUGGUAGAGUUUGUAAUUCUGAGUACGUGACCAUCUACGAUGGAUAUAGAUGGAACAGAGUUGUGCUUGGAAAGGUUUGCCAGCCUACAAGUCAAGUGUUCCGCUCAUCAUCCAAUGUCAUGACCUUGGAACUAUUUAAUCCGUACGUCAAUGGACGGUUUGAAGCUCAGUAUUAUUCAUCCAGCCUAUUAUCUACAGAACAUACUACCCCUGCAGCAACAAGCCCUGCUUACAUGGUAGUCAGUCACCGCGAUGAGGACAUGGGUGUGACUACAACUGCACCUUUUACCAAUGCUCCAACCAUGGCUUUGAGGCUGGUAAAUGGAAGAGGUCGGUGUGACGGUCGUGUAGAAAUCCUCUAUAAUGGAGCAUGGGGAACUGUGUGUGAUGACCAAUGGGAUAUUAAUGAUGCGCAAGUUGUAUGUCAGCAGAUAGGUUGCGGUAAUGCUCUUGCGUUUAACCAGAGUGCAGCGUUUGGUCAAGGACAAGGACUGAUUAUAUUGGAUGAUGUACAAUGUAAUGGCAAUGAACGUUUCUUGUGGGACUGUCCGCACAGAGGGUUUACAUCACAUAACUGUGGACACCAUGAAGAUGCUGGAGUCAUCUGCUCAGGUGACCUGCACACUAACAUUCGAUGUGGGGGCAUUUUGAGAAAUUCAAAUGGGAACGUAUCUUUGGAUUCCGAUAUUUCCUCAGAGUCUGACUCCUGUGUUUGGUACAUCAGUGUCACAAAUAAUAAUAGAAUUCAUCUCAACUUCAGAACAUUUACAAUGAAGAAUUCCCAAUCCUGCGAUUCAUCUUCUUUGUCAAUAUAUGAUGGAACUCCUCUUGGGUCAUCUUUAGUUGGAGAUCUGUGCAGAACACGUACAAGAGAGUUCAUCUCCUCAUCGAACAGCAUGAGCAUUGUCUUUUCGCGGGCCAACAGAGGGGCAGGCUUAGAAUUUUAUGCAGCAUAUUAUUCUACUGUUAACGACAACCAAAAUGUCAGUCUGUCCUGCUAUUCUGACUACAUGAAAGCUCGAAUCUCACUUAGCUAUCUUCAAACGCUGGAAUAUUCUUCAGAGAAUAUAUUUUUGAAUGACCCGCAGUGUCGCCCUCAAGUUGUAUCAGGUUGGGCGGAGUUUCACAUACCUUAUGGGAGAUGUCUGACAAUAAAACAGGUCGAAAAUGACACAAUAACUUACACAAAUACCCUGUUCACCGGUUCAGCCGACACAAUUGUUGUUUACAGAAAAAAACUAGGUCUGACUCUUAAAUGCCGGAUGUACCAAGAUACUGUAGUUGAAGGCAUAUACUCUGCAGAUGACUUCAUAAAGAACACGUUUAUCCAAUACGGCCUCUUUUCUGCUAACUUGACAUUCUUCCGGUCCUCGAAUUACGUAUAUCCAGUGAAUCAGUAUCCAUACUAUGUGGCUCUUAAUCAGCAUUUGUACCUGCAAGCAGCUUUACUCACAUCUGAACCUGACCUGGCCGUAUUUCUAGAUACUUGUGUGGCAUCCCCUGAUGAAUUUGACUUCACAAGAAAUGUUUAUUAUAUCGUUCGCAACGGGUGUGGCAAAGUUCCUGAUUAUAGAACCUACCGUUCCACAUCAAAUCACAUAGUCCGCAUUGGAUUCAAUGCCUUCAGCUUUUUAAAGAAACAUUCCAAUGUCUACAUUCAGUGCAAGCUAGUGGUGUGCAAGGAGGGCAGCGCCAACUCUCGUUGCAGCCAAGGAUGUAUAAGAAGAAACAAAAGAGCCUGUUAACUCUUACCAUCAUGAAGAGGUUCAUGUUGUGGUCGGACCUGUACAGCUGCAGAUUGAAUAAAAACUUCAAAUCUAAGAAAUGGAAUGCAGUAAAUUCAGUUGACGUAAAUUUUCUAAAUCUAAUGCCUUAUCCUUCAUUGGAUACAUCUUUAAGUGGGAUCUACUCACAGGGAUAAUCUACUAUAUGAUUUAUACAUACAUUUAUUGUAACUCAGUUAAUCAUGAUAAGUACUGCAUAAAAGCAAUAGCUAAUGAUCAAAAUGUUUGCUUCACAAAUUUAAAUAAAAUUACAAUUUCAAAAUGA